AUGGGUCACACAGAACAUUGGACAAAUAGGGGAUACAAAGGUAAAAGAAUAGACUCACCGAAGGGACUCACAGAGAGACUCCCAGAAGGGACUCACAGAGAGACUUUCAGAAGGGACUCACAGAGAGGCUCCCAGAAGGGACUCACAGAGAGACUCACAGAAGGGAGUCACAGAGAGACUCCCAGAAGGGACUCACAGAGAGACUCACAGAAGGGACUCACAGAAGGGACUCACAGAAGGGACUCACAGAAGAGACGCACAGAAGGGUCUCACAGAAGGGACUCACAGAAGGGACUCACAGAAGAGACGCACAGAAGGGUCUCACAGAAGAGACGCACAGAAGGGUCUCACAGAAGGGACUCACGGAUGGGACUCACAGAAGAGACGCACAGAAGGGUCUCACAGAAGGGACUCACGGAAGGGACUCACAGAAGGAACUCACAGAAGAGCCGCACAGAAGGGACUCACAGAAGGGACUCACAGAAGAGACUCACAGAAGGGACUCACAGAAGGAACUCACAGAAGAGCCGCACAGAAGGGACUCACAGAAGGGACUCACAGAAGAGACUCACAGAAGGGACUCACAGAAUUGACUCACAGAGAGACUCACAGAAGGGACUCACAGAGAGACUCACAGAGAGACUCACAGAAGGGACUCACAGAAGGGAGUCACAGAGAGAUUCACAGAAGGGACUCACAGAAGCAACUCACAGAAGAGCCGCACAGAAGGGACUCACAGAAGGGAAUCACAGAGAGAUUCACAGAAAGUACUCACAGAAGGAACUCACAGAAGAGCCGCACAGAAGGGACUCACAGAAGGGACUCACAGAAGAGACUCACAGAGAGACUCACAGAAGGGACUCACAGAGAGACUCACAGAAGGGACUCACAGAAGGGACUCACAGAAGAGACGCACAGAUGGGUCUCACAGAAGGGACUCACAGAAGGGACUCACAGAAGAGACGCACAGAAGGGUCUCACAGAAGAGACGCACAGAAGGGUCUCACAGAAGGGACUCACAGAAGAGCCGCACAGAAGGGACUCACAGAAGAGACUCACAGAAGGGACUCACAGAAGGAACUCGCAGAAGAGCCGCACAGAAGGGACUCACAGAAGGGACUCACAGAAGAGACUCACAGAAGGGACUCACAGAAGGGACUCACAGAGAGACUCACAGAAGGGAGUCACAGAGAGACUCACAGAAGGAAAUCACAGAAGAGCCGCACAGAAGGGACUCACAGAAGGGACUCACAGAAGGGACUCACAGAAGGGACUCACAGAAGGGACUCACAGAGAGACUCACAGAAGGCACUCACAGAGAGACUCACAGAAGGGACUCACAGAAGAUACGCACAGAAGGGUCUCACAGAAGGGACUCACAGAAGGGACUCACAGAAGAGACGCAAAGAAGGGUCUCACAGAAGGGACUCACAGAAGGGACUCACAGAAGAGACGCACAGAAGGGACUCACAGAGAGACUCACAGAAGGGACUCACAGAAGAGACGCACAGAAGGGUCUCACAGAAGGGACUCACAGAAGGGACUCACAGAAGGGACGCACUGAAGGGACUCACAGAGACUCACAGAAGGGACUCACAGAAGGGACUCACAGAAGAGACGCACAAAAGGGUCUCACAGAAGGGACUCACAGAAGAGACGCGCAGAAGGGACUCACAGAAGGGACUCACAGAGAGACUCACAGAAGGGACUCACAGAGAGACUCACAGAAGGGACUCACAGAAGGGACUCAUAGAAGGGACUCACAGAAGGGACUCACAGAAGAGACGCACAGAAGGGACUCACAGAGAGACUCACAGAAGGGAGUCACAGAGAGACUCACAGAAGGAACUCACAGAAGGGACUCACAGAAGGGACUCACAGAGAGACUCACAGAAGGGACUCACAGAAGGAACUCACAGAAGAGCCGCACAGAAGGGACUCACAGAAGGGACUCACAGAAUUGACUCACAGAGAGACUCACAGAAGGGACUCACAGAAGAGACGCACAGAAGGGUCUCACAGAAGAGACGCACAGAAGGGCCUCACAGAAGGGACUCACGGAAGGGACUCACAGAUGGACUCAGGGAUCGACACACGGAAGUGACUCACGGAAGGAACUCACGGAAGGAACUCUUGGAAGAGACGCAUAGAAGGGACUCAGAAGAGACACAGAGCAAACAUAGGGGACAGAGGACACAUAGGGGACAGAGGACACAUAGGGGACAGAAGACACAUAGGGGACAGAGGACACAUGGGGACAGAGGACACAUAGGGGACAAAGGACACAUAGGGGACAGAGGACACAUAGGGGACAGAGGACCACAUAGGGGACAGAAGACACAUAGGGGACAUAGGACACAUAGGGGACAGAGGACACAUACGGGACAGAGGACACAUAGGAACAUAGGACACAUAGGGGACAGAGGACACAUAGGGGACAGAGGACACAUAGGGGACAGAGGACACAUAGGGGACAGAGGACACAUAGGAACAGAAGACCACAUAGGGGACAGAACACACAUAGGGGACAGAAGACCACAGAGGGAACAGAGCACAUGUAGGGGACAGAAGACCACAGAGGGAACAGAGCACAUGUAG